GCUAGUAGAUAGCUGCUGAAUAAUUAAGGAGGUGUUACCACCCGUGGUCGACUAAUUUUCUAACAGGAAGGACACUUUGGACAUUAUAUCAUCUCUGUGAGCGGAGCUAUUUUAGUAUCACAUGAAACAUGAAAGGGGAGACCACCCGAGGGUUCAGGUUGUGUCUGCAUCACAUGGCUCUGCUGCGGAGAUACCCUCAUCACAGCUCGUCACUCCAAACAACAAGAUCCUUCAGUUCACUCAGGGAAGGUAAGCGCAGAGGGCUGCUGUGGAAGACACUUGCUGGCAUCUCUGUGGGUGUUCCUGUGGCAGUGGGUGUGCAGUAUGCUGUGUCUGAACCCAGAGACAGGAGGAGGAUGAAGGUUGUGAUCGAGGGAUUUGGUCGCUUCUGCAGAGCUCUCUCUGUGGGAAUCUUUAUCUCUGUGGAUUACUGGUGGACCACCAAUGUGGCUCUUCGUGGCCGAGAUGAGAGCAGUCCAUCCUAUGUGGCUGAGAUGUCAGCCUGCCACCAGAGGGCAGCAGAGUAUAUGGUGGAUGGAGCCGUGAGGAACGGAGGGAUAUACAUCAAACUGGGCCAAGGUCUGUGUUCUUUCAACCACCUCCUGCCCCCCGAGUACAUCCGCACCCUGCAAAUACUGGAGGACAUGGCCUUGAACAGGAGGUACAAAGAGGUGGAUGCUCUCUUCCAAGAAGACUUCAACAAAACCCCAGAGCAGCUUUUUAAAACGUUUGACCAUGAACCUGUAGCUGCUGCCAGCCUGGCCCAGGUUCAUAAGGCAGAGCUGUUUGAUGGGACUCCUGUUGCUGUGAAGGUGCAGUACAUCGACCUCAGGGAUCGGUUUGACGGUGACAUCAGAACAUUGGAGAUCCUACUGGACAUUGUCAAGUUCAUGCAUCCCAGCUUUGGAUUCCGAUGGGUUCUUAAGGACUUGAAGGGCACCUUGGCUCAAGAGCUGGACUUUGAGAACGAGGCCAGGAACUCAGAGAGGUGCGCAGAGGAGCUGAAACACUUCAGUUUUGUCGUUAUACCUAAAGUCUUCUGGGAGCAAACCAGUAAGAGAGUGUUGACAGCAGAGUUUUGCAGCGGCUGCAAAAUCAACAAUGUGGAAGAAAUUAAAAGACAAGGAUUAAGUUUGAAAGAUACUGCAGAUAAACUGAUCCGAACAUUUGCUGAGCAAAUAUUCUACACCGGUUUCAUCCAUGCCGACCCUCAUCCUGGAAAUGUUCUAGUGAGACCAGGUCCUGAUAAGAAGGCAGAGUUGGUCCUUUUGGACCACGGCUUGUACGAAUACCUCAGUCAAAGUGACAGAGUGGCCCUUUGUAAACUGUGGAGGUCCAUAGUCCUGAGAGAUGAAGCAGCAAUGGAGAGGUACUCCAAAGCUCUCGGUGUCAAAGAGUACUUCCUCUUCUGCGAGAUGCUGCUGCAGCGUCCCAUCAACAUGCGGCAGCUGGGUCUGUCCAACAUCCUGAGUCGAGAGGAGACGGCCUACAUGCGUGAAAUGGCCACCGACCGCUUCGAGAGCAUCAUGCAGGUGCUGAAGGCGAUGCCUCGGCCCAUGCUGCUCGUGUUCCGCAACAUCAACACGGUCCGAAGCAUCAACAUUGUCCUGGGAGCGCCGGUGGACCGCUACUGUGUCAUGGCCAAGAGUGCGGUGCGAGGCUGGGGGAAGAUUCAGGCAGAGAGGACAGGCAUGCUGCCCAGGCUCUGGAUCUUCCGCUGGGUGAGGACGACAUGGGAGGGCCUCAAGUUUGAACUGGCUUUGAGAUGGGAAAUUGCGUCGAUGACUGUGACGCGUUCCUUCCUGAGCCUGCUGUCGUACUUUGGUCUUAUAUCUCUGGACGCAGAGAUGUACGAGUACCUGAGGUAGUGCACCGACGCCACACUAUGAAGGAACGUACAAUAAGGACCUAUUCCACGCACAAGUUAAUGCAAUACAGCAGCAAGGAGCCUUUGGUUUCUGUAGCAGCUCCUGAAGUCACUGCUAAUAAUGGUGCUGCUCGGUUUCCACACCAAAUCAUCCUGAACUUCCUCAGAACGGGUGAGAACGUAUUCGACUGCAGGACUGUGAAGCACCAAACCCACUCCAGUGUAAACUGAACCAGAACUCCACAAUCAACAGCCUUCUGUAUGUACUUCAUUAAGUUAUCAGAUAUUUUAAUAUUUACUUCUUGUUUUAGUGUAAUCUUAGGACAGAAAAUUGUUUUGAAUUUUAAAUUUUAGAUAUUUUAAGCUGCGGUUUGUUUUAAGGAAAGUGGCCACAUGUAUCUCUGUCAGACUAUGUUGACGCAGCUGCAGCGUUGUCACACCACACACAAUCAUGUAAAGCUGCAUCCCACUGGAGCGAGAGAAAAUGUUAAAAAAUAUAUAUAUUUUAAGGCAAGACACUCCAGGUGAAACCAGUUUUUUCAUGCAUAUCAAUUUUAAGAUUUUAGGCUACUUCUCUUCCGUAACACGUCUUCCUUCAGAUGAGCGGGAUAAAGUUCAAAAUGCACAUUUAGGUGUAGUUAGGAUUCUGUUCUGGAAGUGCAUGCAAAAAGCGCAUAUUUAAUUUGAUAAUGCGCAUAUUUAAACAUAAAACUUAACCAAAAAUAAUUGUCUUUAUGCAAGUAAUCAGCUGGGGAAGUUUUAUGUUAUCUAUUAGUUAAAUUGUUUACCGUUUACCUGUAGUGUCUUGUUUUUGUCUAAAAACGUACGAAAAUUGACAGUUUGUCAGUUAUUUCUCAGACUCUGAGCCAUAAAUCUCCACCCCAGCAGCACUUAUUUAUUCCUGUCUAUAAUCAGGAGGUUUUCACUGACGGGUUUGUUCAUAUAUCAUACACAGCAUCAUUUAUAGAACAUUGAAAACAUGACAAAAAUGAUUUUCUAGGCUGUUGACAAUAUUUUCUGGUUUAUGGACGGAUAAUAAGAGACACCCUAGAUUCCCUCUGUGAAAACGUUUGCCUCUGUCAGUGAAAUGAAACGCAAAGUUUGAACCUGACUGAACAUUUUGUCAGAUGAUGCCUCAUCGGAAUAUUUAAACAUGAAAUUGCAGUUACAUUUUUAUUUAAAAAAUAAGUGUCUUACUGUAAGUGAUCAACUGGGGAAGUUUUAUGUUACCCUAUGUAUCUGGGGUGUCUCCCCUCGCGUCCUGAUAUAUGCAGCACUUGAAGAGUAAAAAACAGCAGCUUGUUAAAGGUCCAGUGUGUAUGAUUUAAGUGGCUAUAUUGGCAAAAAUGGAACUUAAUAUUAUAAUUAUGUUUUCUUUAGUGUCUUUAGAGUUUGCCAUGUUUCUACAGUCGACCAGAACGGACAUACCAAACACUGACUCUAGAUGGGGCAAUUCACAUUUUCAUAUCAGCCACCGUAGUGAGUAGCCCUGCUGGGACGAGUCAAACAGCAUCGGAAAAGCACAGAAUUUUAACCUGAAACUGUCUUCUGUGUUUUUAUGGAUUUAAAUCACUGGGUCUCUGCAGGUAAAUCAGCUCCUGGUAAAAACCUCCUGAACGUCUGGAUCUUAAGUCAUCAGAGAAGAAAGACGAGCACACAGUAGCAGGUGUUGGGCUAGCGCUAGCAGCGACUGAUUUUAAACAUGAAGCUGCUUUAUUCAGUGUUUUUAUCAGUUAUAAUCACCUGAUGUGUUUGUUUUGGAGAGGAGGAGACCUCAGCAGAUAAUUUGGCUCCCAGUAAAAACCUCCUGAACAAUGAACACUGAAGAAUUCUAACCAGGAGCUCACGCUUGUCACAUGGGAGACGUUUCAGCUGGUUGCAGUCUGCAGUCCUCACUGCUAGAUGCCACUAAAUCCUACACACUGCUCCUUCUGUGUUGGAUUAACCCUUUGUGUUUGGUGUUACAUGAAUGGAAGUUAUGCUGUCUGUGUUUUGGUCCCUCCUGACUUCAGUUCAACAAUGAGUCCACUCAGGCCAAACGAACAGCCCAGUGUCACCUAACCAAAUGUUUUUAAAUUAUUUUAAUAAUGUUAAUAAAAUGUUCUACCUCCU